AUGGUACGGGAGCUUACCGAACCUGGGGCAAUCGAUAUCCGAGAUAGUGAAUCCACAGUGUCAGCUCGCGACUACCUCAUCCGUACGAGGCAGGCUCCUGACAUCGAGGUCGAGGAGGUGGAGGAGGGAUGGACUACUCCAGCCCGCGAGUCAGGUGGGGAAGAAGAGGAAGCGGAAGGGAGCGGGACGGACUCGGUUGACGACUCCCAACUGAACGAGCCUUUCUCAUGCGAAGACCUAGUCUCGCGAGUCGUCAAGUCUGACUUCACCACUUUCGUGAGGUUAAAUCUGUUGCGGCUUGCGUUUCAAAGUCCCAAACCCUCUCAGAGAGCGCAUCUUCCGUUCACCAACCCUGCGAUCAUCCCUACGGAGGACGUGGUCAUUUCAAUACCCAUUCUUCGAUGUGGUGUAACAGUCCCAUUUCAUCCUUUCGUCGCAGCCAUUCUUAGACGCUACGACGUAUCGCCUUUUCAGCUAACACCCAACAGUUUGUUACUCGUUUUUCGAGAUCUUUUGCUAACUCGUUCUUUUGUUGUCAUCGCAGAUAGACCAGCUCGACCAACGCUUAACGCUCAUAAAAAGGGGGUAGCUGAAAUUCUUGGGAGUCUUCCGGUACAAGAUCGCGACUGGCGAUUGCUGUGUACGACUGCCAAAUUGCGAGAACACAAACUGAUCCCUGAGAACGCGAGUCUUCAACGGGAGCCAGUAUAUAAAGAACCAUCUGAGAGACAGCAGGAGCGGAUAGAUAAACGGCUUUCCAAGCAAACUCCUCGAGAAACUUCAGACAUGACUUUCCUGAAGUCUGCCCCUGUCCUGAAGAUCAAGCAAAAGGGUGGGACACCGGCAUCUUCACCAGUCGUCGCACAGAAGAGGAAGAGCGAUGUGAUGACUUCGCUCGCUGCAGAUUCCUCCAAGAAGUUGGCCAAGACCGCUCAGGAUAAGGGGAAGAAGGUUGUCAUUGAUUCUCCGGUUCGCCCUCGCGACUUUCUGGCUAUGCAGGAAAAAUUACUGGCCGAGAUUCCUUAUGAGGAACUUGUUUCUCGAUCAACUGAACUGGCCGCACAAUCUGUGGCUUUGUUUAUGAAAGCCGUGGCCACGCCUUCGAAGGAAACUGACUCGCUGAAGAGGCAGAACGCCCAUUUUCAGGAAAACAUAAAGAGGCUGAAGCAGGAGGUGGCCAAGAUGGAGGAACUUCACAAGGAGCUCGAGGAAGUCAACAGGGCCAAAGAACAGUUGGAGCUCGAGCUCAAGAAGUCGCAGGACACGAUCGCUGAGAUGGCUCGCGACUUAGAGGCUGAGAGAGAGAGUGGGAAAAAACAGUAUGAUCAGGCUGUGUCUGAUUAUAUUUAUACUACUCUCUCUAAGGUCCCUGACUUCGACUUCUCGCUGCUUGGAGAUGAAGCUGCUGAAAUGGCUGAAGCCUUUCGCUCGAUGUCUCCUACCCGGACUCAAGGCAACCUUCCAGAUGAAAUCGAGGGAGCGCAGGCUGAGGAGGUCGAGAAUGAAGUUGUGAGCAAGAUCGUGGAUGAGGCUGCUCCUGAUGAGACUACUCCCGCUGUUUGAUUAUUUUUUAUCUUAGUUUUACUUUUGUUU